AUGGCGUCCUCUACCGGAUCCGGAUGGGCACAGCUCCGGCAGCAAGCCCGCUCGCUCGAAACUCAGACCGAAAACCUCUUCCACACCUACGCACAAUUUGCCUCACUCACCAAGCCCCCGCCGGAUCCCACCGAGGAGGAGACAAGGGUUGAAACGCAACUGAAAGACCUCAUCGAAAAACGCGAGUCUCUCAUCGCCCAACUCUCCCGCCUCCUCGACUCCGAAGCCACCCUCACGUCCUCCGCCUUGAAACAGAACAACCUCUCGCGACACCGCGAGGUCCUGCAAGACCACCGCCGCGAACUGCAGCGCCUGACAUCCGCCAUCGCCGAGUCGCGCGACCGCGCAAACCUACUCUCCAAUGUCCGCUCCGACAUCGACGCCUACCACGCGUCCAACCCCAGAGCCGCCGAGGCCGACUAUAUGCUCGAGGAGCGGGGGCGGGUCGAGAACAGCCACAACAUGAUCGAUGGAGUGCUGAGCCAGGCGUAUGCGAUUAAUGAGAACUUCGGCAUGCAGCACGAAACACUUGCGAGCAUCAAUCGGCGCAUCGUCGGCGCGGCCGGCCACGUCCCCGGCAUGAACUAUUUGAUUGGGAAAAUCGGGACCAAGAAGAGGCGCGAUGCCAUCAUCCUGGGUUGUUUUGUCGGGUUCUGCUGUUUGAUGCUGCUUUACUUCCGAUAG